AUGGUCCCGGUUACUGCCAACCUCAAGGCUGCAGUGAGAAAUUUUGGAAGGCACUGGAGGAGUUUCAACCCAGACCGCGAUCCGUCUUCGAUGAGAAUCUGGGCUGAUGCCCUGUGUAUCAACCAAAAUGACACCGAUGAAAUUAGUAGCCAAGUCCGACUCAUGGAAAGUGUAUACUCCUGUCCCGACCUGGUCAUGGCCUGGCUGGGUAGUGAGGACCAGAAGACCAGUCUCGCUCUUAAAAUGCUGUGUCAUUUUGUAGGGGAGUUCCAAGCCGCGAAAUAUGACCCGAAAAUACUCCCGGAUUUACAUUGGCUCAAAAACCACCCGUACCUUUGGCAAAUCGAGGAAAACACACCAGAGGGGGACCAAGUUGGCAACCCAGUCUGGGAUGCCAUAUUCUUUCUCAACUCACUGCCUUACUGGAGGCGAGUAUGGACACUGCAAGAACAGGUCCUUGCGCCAGCCCUCGUGUUUAGCUGUCCGUCUACAGCCGUGUCCGGAGCCAACAUAUUCAACGCGCUUUUCGUAUUAGGAAGGCUCAGAGCGCAGCUGAUGGGAAACGACAAAAUACCAGAUUUCAUCCCAACGAGGCUCUGGAGGCUAUUUGGGCUCCCAGGACAUGUGGGCCAGGACCCCAUACAGCAUCUUGUCAGAGUCGCCAUGUUGUAUUCGACGGUGUACCGAGCCCAGAGGCUACCUCAAACAGCCGAAGACUACCGAAAACUUGAGGUUCAACGGCUCGAAUACCUUACAAGGUUCCCCUUUGAAGCCACUGAACUAAAAGAUCACGUUUAUGGUAUUCUUGGGCUGCUUAACCCCCGAAUUAAGAGCAGGUUGAAGGUGGACUACAGCAACCGGAUGACGGUGAAUAGCCUUUACCUGGAUUUCACGUCACUUCUGUUGGAGGAAUCAAAAAGGCUAAACGGCACCGCGCUUAGAUUUCUAUAUUUAGCAGGAGUUGGAAGUGAUUUCGGUCUUCCAUCUUGGGUCCCAAAUUACCCAGCGGCGUCGAAAAAUGUUUGGCAUGCUUCUUGGGAUACGUUUGCCAAGCUUGUUCCAGAAGAAAAGGCAUGCAAAUUGAACAGCCCAAGUAUUUGCGGAUUGAUACUGGGCUUGAGUGGCGCCCGAUGCCUGGUUGUGUCGCGAUUAGGACCGACAUUGUGCCCCCUUUUCUCUAGAGAAAACGAACACCUGAUUGUGGAGCUGCUCAAAGACUCGGAAACGAGAUUUGGCCAUCUGUGGUCCUUCUUCCGCCUCGCACUGGGAAUCACAAAUGAGACUUACGUUAAUGAUAUAUGGCACUUCGUCCUGUUGUUGGAGUUUGCACAAAGUAUGGAGACGUUCCUGGGGGGUUCUUGCCCGAGUUACCUGAUGGGAAUCACACUUGAAAAUACUCGCGGAUUAGAGAAUAACUUUCAAAUUAGAUUAAACGAACACAUGGUAAGCCUGCAGAUGCGUGAAAAGGCUCGAGCUUGGGUAUCAUCGGCCCUUGCAAUGGACAGAAGUAUGGUGGCCUUUCAGACCAAUGAGACUUUCCUGGGUGUUGGGCCAAUAGGUGUGCGAGAAGGGGAUCAAAUUUUCAGCCUCCUAGGAUUUCCUAGUUUCGCUGUUUUACGGAAAGCUGGGUCGCGAUAUAGAUUUGUUGGACCUUGUAACAUUUUGGAACCGAAAUUUCAUAGUCCUGGUACUAUGAAACGCCUGCCUAGCCAUGGUGGCUACUUCAAUCUUGAGAUUGUUUAA